UCUAGACACAGGCUCGCUGGAGUAGAGCAUGCCUGACAGGCUCGGCUAACGGCUACGGAAAAGCGGUUCCAGACCGAUGCUGAGUCAGGUAGAGGUGGGGUCGCAUCCUGUUCGGCUGCUGGGACCCUCCAGAAAUUAUGGAGGAGCUAGAACAUACCUGUCCACUGCCACGAACGACUCUAACAGAACCUGCCAUAUUUACAACAGAGACAAGUUGUGAAUGCCAGGCACCACAUGAGAAGCUAUCUGUAGAGCAAGCUCGACUCGGAACACCUGUGGACAGACCGGUGCGAAUCUAUGCAGAUGGCAUCUUCGAUCUUUUCCAUUCUGGUCAUGCUCGCGCCCUGAUGCAAGCAAAGAAUCUGUUCCCUAAUGCCUACCUUAUAGUUGGAGUAUGCAGUGAUGACCUCACUCACAAGUUCAAGGGCUUCACCGUAAUGACAGAAGACGAGCGGUACGAAGCUUUGAGACACUGUCGCUACGUUGAUGAAGUUUUGCGUGAUGCACCCUGGACUCUGACUCAAGAAUUUUUAGAAAAACACAAGAUUGAUUUUGUGGCACAUGACGAUAUCCCAUACUCAUCUGCUGGAUCUGAGGAUGUAUACAAGCAUAUCAAGGAGGCAGGUAUGUUUGUGCCCACUAAAAGGACAGAAGGGAUCUCAACGUCUGACCUGAUUACCCGGAUAGUGAGAGAUUAUGACGUGUAUGCCAGACGCAACUUGCAGAGGGGCUACACCGCUAAAGAACUGAAUGUCAGUUAUAUCAAUGAAAAGAAGUACCGGCUGCAGAAUCAGGUGGACAGGAUGAAAGAGAAAGUGCGGACGGUAGAGGAAAAGUCCAAGCACUUUGUGUACAAAGUGGAGGAGAAGAGCCACGACCUUAUCCAGAAGUGGGAGGAGAAAUCUCGAGAGUUCAUUGGGAAUUUUCUGGAGCUCUUUGGCCCAGAUGGGACAUGGAAGCAGAUGUUUCAGGAACGAAGUGGUCGAAUGAUCCAGGCUUUAUCUCCGCGCGGCUCACCCAGCAGUAGCCCUCCAAGGGACUUUUCUCCAUCCCGUUCCCCAUCGCCCCCCUCCCGCUGGGCCAUGCCCAGGACCUCUCCACCCUCAUCUCCGAAGGGUGCGUCCGCCUCCAUCAGCAGCAUGAGUGAAGGCGAUGAGGACGAAAACGCCUCCUUAACACUUUCUCUCCCACUGAUUGGGGCAACUCAGCGCUAGAUGUGCAUCCUCAUGGCCCGGCCACGCCCUGCUCCUCGUCACAUACCCCAAUGCCCGAUUUAGGCCGGGGAACCAACCGGCCUGACCUACUCCCUCCCCCCUUCCUUGAGGGGAGGAGUUGCCCCUUUGGCUGUUCCACUGCUGGCUGGUCUUUCCCACCUCCUGGAGAGGAAGAGGGGAGAGAUAAAGAGCGAGGGAGAGCCUGAGAAAGAGAAAAGGAGAGGGAAAACCACACCGGCAUUUGAUCCUCAGCCAGCUGUACUGCGGUCCUCUGUGAUGCCGGGCGAUGGCACUGGACUUCUCCUCCUGGCGGAUGGCAGCAGGCUCCUCCGCCUCUUGCCAGAUGGCAGAGGGCUCCUCCGUCAGUGGCGAGGACUCUCUGACGGUGCGUCUUCCUCCAAUUUCCGGGUUUCGGCACCCCUGUGGCUGUCAAGUCUCUUGUUCAUUUUAAAGGAGGAAGCGGGAACCGGCAUCAACCAAAAAUACUUUUAAGAAACAAAACACAUCAUAAAACUGCUUUUCAGCAUAACCAAAACACACAUCGAUUGACACACACAGCUCUGUGUGUGUGUGUGUGUGUGUGUGUGUGUGUGUCUCUCUCUCUCUCUGGCAUCUCCAGUUCUUCCUUACCUCUCUCUCUACUGCCUACUCGGCACCAGGCGUACAUGCUCACGGCCCGGCCACGCCCUCCUCGUCACAAACUAAAAUAGUAAAAUAAGAUCUGUGGUUAAAAAAACUUAAAGAGACUUAGAGGUCAGCGGUAUGAGCUCAAGGUGUGAAAAAGUAUCUUUAAGCAAUCAUUAUUUUACUCCUAAAUUGAAACCCGCUAUUAUAAAAACCCAUUCGAAAUUCCAGAGGAAACAUAAAUGCUAAUCCUCUUCUUGGUUUUAGGACUACAAACUGAACAGCUCUAUAGAGGAUGAGGACUGCACGAAUGAUUUUGUCCUCUAUUGCUCAGGUCUGACUGGAAUAUAGGGACUGCCCUACUGUAACAUACAUUAUAUCGCUGUCCAUUGUUUUCACAUUGUAAUGUCUGAUCCACCUCAUGAAUAUGUAUUAAUGCAAAUAGCGCACAUAGGGAGACUGCUAGCAUUCGCUGAGCUGUUUGUGCAUGAAUGUGUUUAGUUCUCAUUAAUAAUCAUUAACCUGUUUCAGUGUCUUGUAUGUUAUUGCAGCCUUAAAGGAACAGUUUGCCCCAAAAUGAACAUGUUCGUGUCUUUCGAAACCUGUAUGGCUUUAUUUCUUUCAUGGAACACAGAGAGGGUUAUUUAUAAGUUAUUUAUAUAAACAAACUAUCAAAUAAAAAAAAAAAGUGCUCUACGGCUAGAUUUUCAGUGUAUUACAACUUAAAUUUUAGUCUGUUUCUCAUACAAAGCUAUAUGGCUUCAGAAGACUUUGAAAGCAGCAUAUAAGUCAUAAGGACUACUUUUAUGAUAUUUUUAAUGUGUUUUUGUCCUUUUUGGAGCUUGACAAUCCCUGGCCCCAUCUAUGUUAGGUAUGGAAAUGAGCAGCUCAGAUGCUCAUUUGAUGUUCAAUGGAAGAAACUCAUACAAAUUUGGAAAUAUGAGGGUGUGUAAAUGAUGAAAUUAUUUUUAUUUUUUGGGGUGAACUAUUUCUUUAACCUCAAAAUAAAGCUCGAUCUUUGUAAAUUUAUGUCACAAUCAAUAACUUGACCAAUAUGUUACGUCAAAUUGUCUUCAGACAAGCUACACCCUUAACAAAUUUCAUUAAAGAGAUUUAAGUCUGGUUGCUUUUAGAUAAAGGUAAUAAAAUGGACUCAAACUGAGGGAACAUUAGGUCUAAGCUGCUCACUCUCCAUUACUCCUACAUUAUGUAAUCCAGCCUGUCUUGUCUAGUUAUGUCAUUAUACUGUAUGUAUGCACAUGACAGUCACAUAAGUCAAUACAUGUAAUCAGCAUGAUGUUCCAAACCUGUAUUACUUUUUUUUUCUUCUGUGGAACACAAAAGAUGUUAGGCAGAAUGUUAGCCUCAGUCACCUUUCACUUUUAUUCUAUGGAAAAAAAGAUGCAAUGAAAAUGAAUGGUGAUUGAAAAUGAAAAUAAGCAUAGGGGUUUAGAACAUCAUGAGUGAAUGAUGACAGAAUUUUCCAUUUUUGGGUGAACCAUCCCUUUAAGUGUUAUGACAUGAACCUAGGAUCGGAAAGUAACUUCAAAUAACACAAAUGGAUGGUAAUACUAGAAGAUCUCUUUAUUGUUCUUUUUUAAAUAGGUACUUCUGAUGGAAUGCCAAUAGAUCAAUAUCUUCAUUGCAAUAAAUUAUUUAUGUGUGUAUAGAGUGUCAGGUUCCAAACUAUAUCAGCAUCACACAAAAUCAUCUAAACACUUGGUUAAAACAUUGUUUCAAAAUGAAAAUCUAUCUACAAGCAGUGGUGUUUUGUUCGUCAAGAACAAGAAAAGACAAAAAAAAAAAAAAAAACAUGAAAACACUCAAACAAUGUCUGUUCCACCUGAAAAGUUUGUUUCUCUUAGAUUUUUGCAUGAACGACUAAAAUACUAGUUCAUCUAAAACUGUAAGUAAACAGAUUUUCCCAAUGUGUUUUUAAAUUACCAGACUGCAUGCAUGCACAAACAAGAGUACACUGGCAAAAUCAACUAUAUUUAUGCUUGUGACAAAGACACACAUGUCUAAGAAUAAGGCUUAGUUUCACAGGAAUAUAUGCUUGCAUACUUCAGUCUGCUCAUCAGAACACAUGAGUUCAAGGCAUCAAAGUGCUUUCUUAGUUGACAAUUAAGCAAAACCAAUACCAUUCUACAAAUCUUUUAAAAUAAAUACUAAAGCCUAUACAGUACUUCAAUAAAGUAUGACAAAAAGUAAGGUACUAUACUCUGAUCAUCACAAAAAAUGUUCCCUUGAAGUCUCAGAAAGUCCCCCAAACAGCACAAACCAGCAUUAAGACAAACAUAAAUUUAUGGGAACACCUUGAAAUAUGGAAAACUCUAUAAGAAACCAUAAGUUAUACAAUUUAUCUAUAUAAAACAACAGCAUGCCCGCAAUUUUUGAGGGGGAAUCUUACGAAGAAAUGUCCAGGUCAUAUUUCACCCAAAAAUCUACAGACAAAAUCAAAUUUUUCUUCAAGCCUCAUUACAUUAGGAUUUUUUUGCAUAACAUUAUAUUUUUGCAUUGUACUAAUAAAAAAUGAGGACGCUUAAUCGUCAUGAGGGAUGUUGCGAUUUUGCAGUUUUAACCAGGAUUAAAUAUGGCAUGGUUAUUUAACCGUAUGAAUUUAGAGUCUACGAUUAAAAAACUUCAAAUAUUUUAUUUACACAUGGCAAAAAUAUGAUAUAUAAUAUACAGUAUAUAAAUUAGGGCCGUCAACCGAUUAAAAGUUUUAAUUCAAUUAAUCACAUGGUGUGCCCAUUAAUUAAUCAAAUUGCCUAAACUGCUGAAGUUUCGCUUACUGCCCCCUGAAGAAAAAAGGUGGUACUUCAAGCUUGAAUUGCUCAAAAAUCUUCCUCAUUACGGUCCGGUGACAUGAAUAAUUACUUACAUUUUUUAGCACGUUAUUGUUUAUAUAAUUAUUUGCACUGAAUUACUGUGUUAAAUCAACAGCCCUAAUAUAUAUAUAUAUAUAUAUAUAUAUAUAUAUAUAUAUAUAUAUAUAUAUAUAGUACUGUCCAAAAGUUUAGGCAUUUGUUAAACAUGUUGCAUAGUGAGGCUGUUUUCAAAAAUAAUGCCAUAAAUAGUUUUCAUUUAUCAAUUAACGUCAUACAAAGUCCAGUAAACAUAAAAAAAAAAAAGGUACAUCUGGACACACUUUGUUUUGGUUGUUGCAGAUAGGAUGUUCCAAGCUUCUUGGAGAAUUUGCCACAGUUCUUCUAUCAUAGUUCUUCUGCCUCAAGUGCUUUUGUCUCCUCAUGUAAUCCCAGACUGACUCGAUGUUCAGCGGGGGACUCUGUGGGGGCCAUGCCAUCUUUUCUAUUCUAUUUGCAGAAGGACUGUUUGGGAGUCUAAAAUGUAUAUUAUAUCUUAAGACAAAUGUUUUUUUUAAACAUCCUAUGACUUUUUCACAUUGCUCUGUGUGUAUGUAUAUAUAUAUAUAUAUAUAUAUAUAUAUAU